CAGCUGGGGCUGGCUGCAGGGCCCAGAGCAGAGUGCGGGAGAGGACCAGGACUGAGACAGCCACUCCCCCUAGUCUUCCAGCUUUGCCAAGACUCCUGGGACAGUCUGCUGCAGCAAGGCGACUCUGAGAACUUCAGGAUGCAGAUGUGUCCGGUGCUUGCCUGCCUGGCCCUGGGCUUGGCCGUCCUCUCUGCUGAAGGAUCUGCCUCACACUUGCACCAGUCCCAGGUGGCUGAACUGGCAGCAGACUUCGGGGUGAAAGUGUUUCGGCAGGUGGCACAGGCCACUGAAGACCGCAACGUGGUUUUCUCGCCCUAUGGGGUGGCCUCGGUGCUGGCCAUGCUGCAGCUGACCACGGCGGGGGAAACCCAGCAGCAGCUCCAAGAGGCCAUGGGAUUCAAAGUCGAUGAGCAGAGCACGGCCCCCGCCCUGCGCCGCCUGCACCAGGCGCUCAUGGGCCCCUGGAACAAGGACGAGGUCAGCACCACAGACGCCAUCUUUGUGCAGCGUGACCUGAAGCUGGUGCCGGGCUUCAUGCCUCACUUCUUCAGAUUGUUCCGGACCACGGUCAAGCAGGUGGACUUUUCUGAAGUGUCGCGGGCCAGAUUCAUCAUCAAUGACUGGGUGAAGAGACACACGAAAGGCAUGAUCAGUGACUUGCUCGGGGAAGGGGCUGUGGACCAGCUGACGCGCCUGGUGCUGGUGAACGCCCUCUACUUCAACGGCCAGUGGAAGACACCCUUCCCGAAGGCUGGCACCCACCGCCGCCUCUUCCACAAGUCGGACGGCAGCACCGUCUCGGUGCCCAUGAUGGCGCAGACCAACAAGUUCAACUACACUGAGUUCCUCACCCCGGACGGCCACUACUAUGACAUCCUGGAGCUGCCCUACCAUGGGGAUACCCUGAGCAUGCUCAUUGCCGCUCCCUACCAGAAAGAGGUGCCUCUCUCAGCCAUCACAAACAUCCUGACUGCUCAGCUCAUCAGCCAAUGGAAAGGCAACAUGACCAGAGUGCCCCGCCUCCUGGUUCUGCCCAAGUUCUCCCUGGAGAGUGAAGUGGACCUCAGGGGUGCCCUGCAGAACUUGGGCAUGACGGACAUGUUCAGGCUGGGACAAGCAGACUUCACACGUCUUUCAAACCAAGAACCUCUCCACGUGUCCCAGGCUCUGCAGAAAGUCAAGAUCGAAGUGAAUGAGAGUGGCACUGUGGCGUCUUCCUCCACAGCCAUCUUCGUCACAGCUCGCAUGGCCCCCGAGGAGAUCAUCAUGGACAGGCCCUUCCUGUUUGUGGUUCGGCAUAAUCCCACAGGUACCAUCCUUUUCCUGGGCCAAGUAAUGGAACUCUGACGGGGGGAAGAGGAGCCCUCGGCUGGGACAGAACUGGGGCUGUGUCAGAGAAGACUUGCUGGAGGAC